AUGAAAAUACAUCAACCGAUAACAUCAAAUACAAUAAAAAAUUUAAGAACAGAAAUUUCGAAUAUUCAAUUAGAACUUAAGAAAAAUAAUCAAAAACAAAUUCAACUUUUAGCUAUUGUUAAUAAUUUACGUAAAUCACAUCGAGUAGAUCAAAAAAAUUCGUCUCGUGUUCAAUAUCUUGAACAAUAUCAACAAACAUAUUUCUCAGCCAAUAAACCAAAUGUAUUAUCUUUAUUAAACUACAAUAAUAAUGCACCAACAACUCAUCAAGUUCAUUCUUACGUCCUGCAGAAUAUAUCAGAUAAAACAAAUAUAUUUCCAACCCAUGAUCAAAUGUUAUCAUCAAAUGGGUUUCUAUCUCAAUCAAACGACAAUCUUAAACAACCAAUUAUUAUGCAAGGUCAUCUUAAUAAUCAACCAGUGACUUUAUUUAAUAUAUCUGCUGUUGAAUUAAUUACUACAUUAAAACAACUUCAUACUAAACGUAAUUCAUUAGAUAAAUCAUAUAAAAAUAUUCUUGAACUAUUAUCUAAUCGAGAUAAUCAAUUGAUAGAAAUUAAUUCAAUAUUAAAGAAAUAUAUGGAACAGUUACAAGUUAUUGAAAAUUUAAAAUAUAUUGAAGAUAUUAUACAAAAUCAAAAUUGGAAUGAAAUAUAUAAAUCUAUAUUACAUAUUAAAUCACGUUCAUUGUUUAUAUCUAAAUUAAUGAAUCCAAAAGAUUUGAAUACAAAUGAAAAUAUCAAACGAUUGUAUAUGAUAUUGAAUACAUCAGUAUCUGAUGGUGUUACUUCGAAGUUAAAUACUAAGGAACCUACACAGAAAGAAAGAAAGAAAAAUACCAAAAAAAAACAAAAUUAA